AUGAGGGCUACAUACGUCGAGAACAGCAGGCUCGUUCGUCUCGACGAAGCCCUUCUGAAAACCCUUCUCCGCCGUUCUCCCCUUAAAUUCGAUACCCGCAAACCCAAGGCAAAUAGAGGCGCCCGCGCCCCCACUAACCAGCCAGGCACCUCCUACCCAAGUUCCGUCUUCAAGCCAGUCUCCAUAUUCCUCAGCUAUAGCAUCUUCUUCUAUAACAUCCUCCGCUGUAGCAUCGUCAUUGCCGUCACCAGUCUCAUCCGUCUCCUCUUCAUCAGCAUCUUUCGUGUCUUCUACGGUAUCAAUCUCCUCUGGCCCUCCACGUCUUCUGGGUCACUGGCUACGUCCCUAUCCUUUACUUCGCCCUCAUCGUCCUCGUCGUCAUCUUCUUCUUCUAUGGCAGUCCAAACUGCUAUCAGCAGGCUUGAGUCUAACUUCCCCUCCAUUCCUGAUGUAAACCUAAACAGCCCUCCUAUUAUCGGGAACGGUGAUUCCGACACAAAUGCGACGACAUCCGCGAGUAGACCGAUGAGUAUUACCAGCCUGGCUUCAACCCUGAGCACAGGUGCCAUCUUGUUUGUGUCAAAGAACGCGAAUAAGAAGGACAAAGUGAGCAAGUUCAUCAUGUUGAAAUUUUUAGAGUUCGUUAAUACUAGACAUGGUUUGAACACCAAGAGUCGCAACUUAGGUACGCAAAAUAUUUCACCAACACACCAACAUUGUGAUGCAAAAUAUCAAACCUCAUUAAGAGAGAGUAUAGCCGAUCUCAGCUCACUCAAACAAGAGAAUAAACAAUUCCUUAUGGCGCCUCGGAGAUGCCAGGCGAAUUCCCAAAGGAAUCAGUCUCUUGGAAGAGUAAAUUUGCAUGACUCCUACCCAACCAUCCGAAUCCAUUUGUUCCUCUCGCUUUCGAUGAACGCUAUCGCUUCAUCUUAUCGUUUCCUGGAGAUUGCUGAAAGCGACCAGGAUUUCUUUAUUCACGAAGUUUCUCACAAUAGAUCGAUUGCUAUUAUCGGUCAAGUGAAGGAGGUUCCUACGACACACCGCUACCUCCACCUCCUAAGAUUCAAAGAUAAAUACCUCCAACCUUCAAUCCCUUACCAUAACAUCAUACUAUCACAGCCCAAUUAUACUCUAGUCUCAGCCCUGUACGACUGUCCCCAAAGACACGCCUGCCUAAAAGGGAAGGAGCACUUCACAACCACAACCCCGUAUUCCCACGCGACCCGCCACCCUCGUCAGCCUCAUCUGCGUGGCCUCUGGUGCAACCUAAAGCUCGUUUUUGAUAUAACGGCCGCAUCUGUUCUCCCUGUUGCUGGAAUCGAGGAGCAUGUCAAACAAAUGCAAUUUUCUGUCCUAAAGCUCUCACAUGUUCCAUUCAGCGACAAGAUGCGGUACAGCAGCCCCAGAAACACAAAAACUAUGAAAUAG